UGGCAGUGUCUUUGCCAACGCACCGCCAAACGGACAUCUUUCGCCGUAGCUCUAGAACUACGCAUCUUCAUCAACAUUUUCCCACGUUUCACGAUGGUUUCGUAGAGCGUCAGCUAAACCACCGAGAUCCGAAAAGUGGACAAGGGAAGUGGACCGAAAAUCAAACAUCGCGACUUGAGACAAGCUGUUUUCGAGCAACAUAAAACUGCGCAAGUCCCCAAGUUCAGUACGGAACGGAGCGCCCGUCGGCUGGUGCGGUGUUAAAUAGUUUCUACAAAACUGUCAAAGUUUCAUCGUCAUUUUUGCGGUUCGGCCCUUUUUUUUGUGCGCGUCUCGGUGGUCGAUUGGCGUGCAGUUUCAGUGUUUGUUUCGAGUGACAAUAUCAUCCAACCGUGUCGUGUUGGGCAGAAGAAAAUGAGACGCAACAGCUGCCGGUUGCCGGUUGGUGUCGUCGUAUUGCGGACCGCGUUUUUUCUCGCGUUUCUUGGUGUGGUCUGCAAUGUCCGAGCCGUUCCUUACGGUGGAGCAGGCGUCGAGGUGGAUGAGCAAAACGAAUCCAUCUCCCUGACUGCCUGCUACGUCGAGGACCUACGCAAUAUCCGUGAGCACCACCAGAACCCGCUGGCCAUCAGCAUUGAGCACUGCUAUCUGCAGGAGCUGCCCAAUGCAAUCUUUAUCCGCUUCAACGAUCUGCGCUCGCUCGAUGUGUGCGACAGUCGGGUCAACAACCUGCAGGACUUUGCGCUGAACGGUUUGCGGAGCCUCGAAACGUUGAACCUUUCGCGCAACAACCUGACGACGGUGAAGUCGUGGAGCGAUUACGACCUCGAGACGCUCCUGGUGCUCGACCUGCGCCGCAAUCUAAUCCGUGCGAUCAACGAAGCGUCCUUCCGACGUUACCCGGCACUCAUGAAGCUGAAUCUGGCCGUCAACUAUAUCGGCGAAGUACCCGAAGGAACAUUCAAACCGGUGGCAGGGCUAAAGAACUUGAAUCUGGGCAAGAACCUGCUGACCAGCGUCGACGCAGGCAUGCUAAGGGGGCUAACAAAGUUGACACACCUGGCCCUACACCAUAACCGCAUUCGCACGAUACAUCUCGACGCAUUCGAAAGCAAUGGGCACCUGAGAUCGCUACAGUUGCAGGACAAUUUGCUGGAAGCUUUCGAACCCGAACUGCUGGCAAACUUGCCGCGACUCACGUUUCUGAACGUGAGCAGCAACGAACUCGUGGCCGUUGGUAACCUGAGCUUCAAAUCCAACGGAGAUUUGCGGGUUCUGGAUCUGAGCUACAACCGCAUCGAACAGCUGGAGGACAAUAGCUUCCGGGGGCUUUACGAUUUGGAGGUACUGAACGUAAGCAACAACCACAUUCAGAGUGUCAGCAAAUAUGUGCUGAAAGACUUUACUAAUCUUCACGAGCUCAACCUGGCCGCCAACAAGCUGGACUACGUCGGCCUGAAACUAUUUGCCUUCACCCCUCGGCUUGCCCGACUUAAUCUCUCCCGCAAUGCCAUCAGCGAAAUCGAGCGAGACGUAUUCGAGGAUCUCCCGAAGCUGCACACUCUGGAUCUCGCCGGCAAUCAGCUGACCGACGACAGUUUUCUUUGGCCACUGAUGAAUCUGAGCGUGCUGAAUAUGAGUCACAAUGGAUUCCGGCGUAUUAACGCUUCCCUUCUGGAGAGCCUUACCCACGCUGAACUCUACGGCAACCCGUGGGACUGUCGCUUCCUGGUGCAGGAACUGAUACACCACGGCCGGAAUGUUGUGUAUGGCAAGAACUACGUUGUGGAGAAUCUGGCCAACAUCAUCACGGCAACCGGCAUCGAGUGUACCGAUGAGCGGGGCAAGCCACGGGACAUCGUCGUCGUUGAGCCACUAGCGAAGCCUUCGGACAAUGAAGCGGAGUUCCACCGGUACCGAUUUUUCCACGAGGGACACGUAGACACACGCCCCAUCCAGGAUGAUUUCGACGCCAAGUCAACCAUCAUCUGGCUCAUGUCGGGCGCGAUCGCCGUGUUUGGGGCGUUCAAGUUGAUCCAACUUCUGCUGCGGCACUCGGAACAUCAGAGCGAAAAAUGGCGCCUAGCGCAGCAUCUAGAGUACAACAUUCCUGACGAGCGUGAUGUUGCCAUCCGCAAAGCGAUGGAAGCAAAUAGAGGCGAGAUGGAGGCAAAAUUGUGAUUAAAUCCGAAAGCAAGAAUCGUGGCUCGUGCGUCGAUCAUCCGACUGCGCUGCACCGAUCGAUAUCGGUUUCUACGCCAGAUAGACGUCAGUUAGAACCAUAAAAUUGAGUGCAAAACUUUAAUGUUCGGCUCUGUCCGUUCUAGUAAUAAUAAAUAAAUGAUACUAAUAAAACUAGAAACCCACUAAUCG